AUGGCGAUGGCGACCUCGGCAUGCCAGGCCUUAGUGAUCAUGGUGAUCGCUGCAGCUGCGAUGGCCACGGCGUCUGGUACGGCAUUGCAGUACAACUUCUACAGCUCGUCAUGCCCAAAAGCCGAGGAGGCGGUCCGCAAUGCCACUCAGAAGAUCAUCUCCAACGACCCCACCAUGGGCGCUGCCUUUGUGCGUCUCUUCUUCCAUGACUGCUUCGUCAGGCCUCAGAGGUGUACAAUUAAUUGA